GGAGGGCGGCGGGAGCCCCGGCGCCACCCUCGCCUGGCCGGCCGGCGGGGCCGACCUGCGGAGCAGCGCAGACAAGGACUCUCGGCAAGGUUAAGGCCGUUGUUGAUGUCUCGUGUGACCCCCUCCGUCCUCCCCCACCCCCGACCCCGCAGGUUUUGGUAUGAACAGGAUUCGGAUUCACGUCUUGCCAACGAAUCGGGGGAGGAUCACCCCAGUGCCCAGAUCGCAGGAGCCCCUUUCUUGUUCCUUCGCUCACCGCCCAUGCUCCCAACCGCGCCUGGAGGGGCAGGAGUUUUGCAUUAAGCACAUUCUUGAAGACAAGAAUGCACCCUUCAAACAAUGUAGCUACAUCUCCACCAAGAAUGGCAAACGGUGUCCCAGCGCUGCCCCCAAGCCCGAGAAGAAAGAUGGGGUGUCUUUCUGUGCCGAACAUGCGCGAAGGAAUGCCCUAGCACUUCAUGCUCAAAUGAAGAGGAACAACCCAGGCCCUGUGGGUGAAACCCUCUUGUGUCAGCUGAGCUCAUAUGCUAAGCCAGAGCUGGGCUCGCAGACCCCCGAGAGCAGUCGGAGUGAAGCUAGCCGGAUCCUGGAUGAAGACAGCUGGAGUGAUGGGGACCAGGAACCCAUCACUGUGGAUCAGACAUGGAGAGGUGACCCUGACAGUGAAGCUGAUAGCAUAGACAGUGACCAAGAAGACCCCCUGAAACAUGCUGGUGUCUACACAGCCGAGGAAGUGGCUCUUAUUAUGAGAGAGAAGCUAAUUCGUUUGCAGUCUCUGUACAUCGAUCAGUUUAAACGGCUCCAGCACUUACUCAAAGAGAAGAAGCGCCGGUACUUACACAGUCGGAAAGUGGAACAUGAAGCUCUAGGUAGCAGUCUCCUGACCGGCCCAGAGGGACUUUUAGCCAAAGAAAGAGAGAACUUAAAGCGACUGAAAUGCCUCAGGCGAUACCGCCAGCGCUAUGGCGUCGAGGCCUUGCUCCACAGGCAGCUGAAGGAGCGCAGGAUGCUGGCCACAGAAGGGGCUGCUCAGCAGGCUCACACCACUCGCUCCAGUCAGAGGUGCUUGGCCUUUGUGGAUGACGUCCGUUGCUCGAAUCAGUCUCUUCCAAUGACCAGACACUGCCUUACCCAUAUUUGCCAGGAUACAAAUCAGGUUCUCUUCAAAUGCUGCCAGGGAUCUGAAGAAGUACCCUGCAACAAACCAGUUCCUGUAAGCCUUUCUGAGGACCCCUGCUGUCCACUGCAUUUCCAGUUGCCUCCUCAGAUGUAUAAGCCCGAGCAGGUACUGUCUGUGCCAGACGGUCUGGAAGCCGGCCCCAUGGAUCUGUACUUGAGUGCUGCCCAGCUUCAGCCCACUGAGAGUUUACCACUGGAGCUCAGUGAUGACUUGGACGUUGUGGGUGACGGCAUGCCGUGCCCUCCAUCGCCCCUGCUCUUUGAUCCUUCGCUGACUCUUGAAGAUCAUUCCGUCAGAGACAUUGCUGGAGGCCCAGGACAGAUGCAGGUGGCUGGAGAUGGAUGCAGACCCCAGGGACCUCGGAAUUUAGAGAAAGCCUGUGCAUCAUUCCCUCAGCGUGGAUUGGCUGCUGCAAACGGAAACCCAGAACCUACUUCCAUCAGUUGACAGUUCCUUCUGGACAUUGUUUGACUUUGGUGGACUGAACUUUCCAUUCUUCAAACAAGUAUAUCUCUGCUCAUCUCUCACUAAACAGGGACAACCCAGACUACAUUGUUUUUCUUCGGGGCUGUAGAGUACUGUAAGCAAACAUAAACCAAAUCUGUGAGGAACGGAUCUUUAGUAUUUAAAAGUUAUGGAAUUCUUUGCAAGGAAGAGAGUACCAUAGUCCCUGCCUUUGGGAUGGAAUGAAUAGUGGAGACGAUGCCUGAGAAAGAGACGGUGUUUGUGAUGUGAUUUCCUGCUACUAGGCAGGGGCUGUGGUCAGGAAUGGCUCAGGUGCUGGCUGUUCAGUGUCUGGCUAUCUGUAUCUAAAGGCCUGUGUUGAAGCCUUUCCUCAGCUCCGCAUAACUGGGCAAUAUAAACCCCUUUUCCCAGUGACUGACUGAAAAGCAGCUCACAGGGCUGGGCUUUCCUUAAUUAUCCUUGCUUUUUAUUUAUGUAAAUGUCUGGUGGAUCCCCUGCCCCCUGUAAAAUAUAGUAAAGUUAUUGUAUAUAGUUUCUAUUAAAUGGUAAAAUGUUAUGGAAAUGUAAAGUAGUGUGAAUUGAAUUUGGGUUUUUUGUUUUUGUAUUUGAGAGUGUCUAUUUUCUGGGACUUCUAAUGCCAUCUGAUGGGAAGAAGGAAAUGGGAAAAGUCCCUAGUAUUUCUGUCCUUGAACAGGCAUUACCGGAGAAACGGCAGGAGAGAAAUGGUACUUGUUACCUAGCUCACAGGCCAGAUAGAACUGUUCCCUGGAGAGAUAAGAUUUAGUUCAGUGGUGGGCUCAAGACUACAGUGCGGUAGGGCCUUGGUGGGGCCAUCAAAGGGCACAGUGGUGAGGUCUGUGUCACGCUGGUUCUAGGGGAACAUUUGACAGAUGCUUCUAAAGCCUGAAUAACAGUUCACAGAAAACAAGGAAUAAAGCCGUGAGGAAGAAGAUGGAGCUUGUCCUUCAGUUAUCCCCUACUGUAUGAGCUGUACAUUUCUCCCUGCGAGAAAAUAUACCGAGGUGAAGAGCAUGCGCUCAGCCCUGGCUGUUUUCAGUUACUCUCCUGUUGCUUCUGACUAAGGCUUAUGGUUCCAGAAGGAAUAAGAGGCCAUGGCCAUGAGGCAUGACAGCCGGGGGAGGUGUGGCAAGAUCAGCAAGCUGAGAGCUCAUGUCUAUAACUACAAGCAUGAAACAGAGCAAACGGAAGUGGUACAAGGCUUUUCUUCUCAAAGCCCAACUUCCCGCAGCAAGUCUGCAUCCCCUAAAACUGCCACCAACUGGGCGUCAAGUGUCCAAAGGCCAGAGACUGGUGGACAUUUUCCAUGCAUAUAAAUAACCACACCAGGUUUGGCCAAUGGAAAGUCCAGAACCGCAGUACGGGAACAGAGAUUGUUAGAAGGGAGUUGGUCCAAAUAGCAGAGUGCAUCUGUUGGAUCUGAGCCAGGCCAAACUGCAAUCCACCCCAUCAGGACCAUCAAAGGUAGGGAGACAGAAGCUUCACAGUGCUGCAGGAUGAGAAGGCUGGAUUUCAUGGGAAAUGCAGAUGAUGGCUAGUGGAUAGUGGCUUCUGUUCACGCUACCAAACCCAACAUUGCCUUUUUUGACUGAGAGAUGGAUAUAAGUACUGAGGUCCUUUUGUGCCAUAUUGGGCUUUGCUAACAUGCCUUCAUUAGUAUCCUCUUAGCCGCCCAAGGAAUCGGGAAGUAAAUGAAACUUAGUAAGUUCCUGAAGCCUACAGGGUUCCUAAGUCUCACCUUCCCAGAGAUAUACAAGCGGUAAUUAAUUUCUGGGGAGAGGAGACUCCAAAAUGAGCAAACGCUGUAAACCAGUUCUCAGCAAGCUGUGUAGGGAACUCCAGGGAUCGGCUUCCUCGGGUUGUCACCGUGUUGGGGAAAUUUCAGUGAUGUACCUAUCUGUGAGUCAUCCAUGCUGUCAGUAAACAAUAAACUCAACAGUCCACUGAA